CACUGAGUGGCUGAAAGGCCACUGAGUGGCAGUGUACGUAAGCGUUCAGCUUGAAUGCCGCAUGUAAAAUGGGAAAGAGCUGUUGUGUGAUUGACUGUUCAAAUAGAUUCAACAAGAAAUCGGACCUGUCUUUUUACAGACUACCGAAAGCUAAAGAAAAGAGAAGCAAAUGGAUCGCUGCAAUUCGCAGAAACAACUGGGAUCCAAGCACCGAAACGUGGAUUUGUGGUUGCCAUUUUGUGUCGGGAAAAAAAGAGCGAAGAUUCCCUACACCCUGACUACCUGCCAAGUUUAUUCAGUUUCACCUCCACUUCAGAUCGAAUUCUGGCUAUCGACAACCUGGACAUAUAUCUACGAUCUCAAGAAGUUUCUGAGAAAAUACUUGAAAACUCAGGCUGUACCCGGCCUGCCCGCUGUGAUGCAUCGUCAGUAUAGCCUCGACAUUUCUGCAGCGCUCCUCCGCACUCAAGGCUAUAUCGAUGGGCGCUGGGUGUCUGCACCGUCGACAUUCCCAGUGCUAGACCCAGCAACGGGCAAGGAGCUGGCCAAGGUAGCUGACUGUGGACCGCGGGAGGCACAGGACGCUGUCAACGCAGCCUACAAGGCAUUUCACUCGUGGAAGCGUCAGACUGCAAAGGAAAGGAGCGUCCUCCUACGCAAAUGGUUUGAUCUCUUAACCAAACACAAGGAGGACCUCGCUAAGCUCAUUACUGCAGAAUGUGGCAAACCCAUGAAGGAGUCGUUGGGGGAGAUUGCCUAUGCUGCCUCUUUCCUUGAGUGGUUCUCUGAGGAGGCACGGCGCACGUAUGGAGACGUCGUCCCCGCCGCAGCCAAGGACCGCAGGAUCCUGCUGCUCAAGCAGCCCGUGGGCGUGGCCUCCAUCAUCACCCCGUGGAAUUUCCCCAGUGCUAUGAUCACCAGGAAGGUGGGCGCUGCUUUGGCUGCGGGCUGCACUGUCGUGGUGAAGCCAGCUGAAGACACGCCACUCUCUGCGCUGGCUUUGGCCGAGCUGGCUGAUCAGGCAGGCAUCCCUGCUGGGGUGUUCAACGUGGUUCCCUGCUCAAGGGAAAAGACACCGUCUGUGGGAGAGCUCAUCUGCACCGACCCACUUGUUGGGAAGGUCUCGUUCACCGGCUCUACAGCCACUGGCAAGAUUCUGCUGAAGCAUGCGGCAGGCACAGUGAAGAGGGUAUCCAUGGAGCUGGGGGGACAUGCGCCUUUCAUUGUGUUCAACAGCGCAGACGUGGACAAGGCUGUGGUAGGAGCCAUGGCCUCCAAGUUUAGGAACUCCGGCCAGACGUGUGUGUGCUCCAACCGUUUCCUGGUGCAGAGUGGGAUCCAUGAUGUGUUUGUGGAGAAGCUGGGGAAGGCCAUGGAUGCUGAGCUGAAGAUUGGCCACGGCUCUGAACCCACCACCACCAUGGGACCCCUCAUCAACAGCCGCGCCGCAGAAAAGGUGGAGCAUCAGGUCAAGGAUGCAGUGUCCCAGGGGGCUGUCAUCUUGAGAGGGGGCAAGCGUCUGGAAGGUUCCUUCAUGGAACCAACCCUACUGGCCAAAGUCACCACUGACAUGCUCUGCACCAGGGAGGAGACCUUUGGGCCCCUACUCCCUGUCCUCAAGUUCAAUACAGAGGAGGAAGCUCUUGCAAUUGCCAAUGCCAGCCAUGUUGGCCUUGCAGGUUACUUCUUCUCCCAGGACAUUAGCCAGAUCUGGCGAGUGGCAGAGGACCUGGAGGUGGGCAUGGUGGGGGUCAACGAGGGCCUGCUCUCCACCCCGGAGGCCUCAUUCGGUGGGGUCAAGCAGUCUGGUUUAGGGCGGGAGGGCUCCAAGUAUGGUAUUGAGGAAUACCUGGAUGUCAAGUACAUGUGCUUCGGAGGCCUUACUCCCUGAGUACCCGUCUUUGUGUGUGUGUGCAAGGGGAGGCAUCGUUAGGCAACACAUUACUCAUAUAUUACACAGUCGUAGGAGUAGACAAUCAUCAAAUAAUUAUAUAAAAAUAACACUGUGAAUUCAGUCUGUCCGCAUCUCGGAGCUGUCCAUUUGAAUUACAUGCUGUUUAAAACAGAAAAGGCUGUCAACCAUAGGAUUAUGGAAGUGUAGGCCUAUCAUUUUGAGCAUGCCUCUCCCCACCAGGAAAGUGGGAAAAUAAAUCUAUAGCACAAUUUUACAUUUAUUUUUUACAUAUAUUACAAGACCUGGUCUUAUAACAGAAAAUAUGGCAAAAAAGAACCACAGUUUCUUAAACAGCCUAUGAGACUGUUAAUAGGUCACUGAUGAACACUUGAAAAUAAAUACUGAUUAAAUAAUCUAAUACUGAGUAACUUUCACCGUAAAAUCAACAAAGAAUGCACACAUUGCAGUGUAGUCAUCAGUAUUAGGUUGUUAUGCAACAUCUCGUAACUAAGUAAACUAAGUAAAGCAAAUACCACUGGUGUGUGUGUGCUUGUGUCUGUAUGUCUGUAACCUGAUCCAGAACCUGUGAGUUGUAUGAAUUGCAAUAUUUUUGUAAGUGAAUUGACUUGCAACAUCCGUAUUUCUGAAGGUUUGUAAAUGUUAUGUCAUGUUGACUGUUUAAUUUCUUAGGUUAGCCUCUAUUUAAAAAUGUCAUGCUGCUAAAAGUUAACAUUUUGCCCACUUUUUAUUAGGUGGCUUUAGGUAUGGUCACCUGUAAUACUUAAUUGAUUACUACAAUUAACUUUUUGUUUGGAACAUGUUGCAACAUGAUUGGUAGCUAUGUGCUUGAAUGAGAGCUACAUAGUAUUAGUCAUUACCUUGGUACAUUGUGUCAGGCCAGUUAAUAUAAAGUGGACCAAACACUAUUUAGAUACACUAGAUAAUCUUCCCAAAAAGUCCUCAUAUUGUAGUUGAAAUGUCCAUAUUUUGCUUUUUUUGCCAAACAUCAUCCCUGAAGUGCCAUGUUAAAUUAGUUUCAGCAUGUUUUUUCUUCCAUUGUGUCCUUAAUGUACAUUUCUAACUUUUGUAAAUAGUAAUUACUGUUAAUUAUUAAAAAUGUGAUUGAACUUUUA